AUGGGUUCUUCAUCGUCCAAAGUUGCCAAAGGCGCAGCGCGGAAGUUUCCCGCUCGAGCUCCAGGAGCCUCAGUCCCCGAAGCAGUAGCACGCCAACCAAGGGCAGAGGCUCCGAAACCGCAGUCAAAAGCUCGAGAGAACAACGGCGUCAAGGACGAAGCCGUUCGCGCAGAUGCUAUGGACCCCGAUUUCCCGACGGGCGACUUCUCGCGCCGCCUACACCAGAUGGGCAUUGCCGACUCGAAUCCUACAUACUCUCCCUCAUCUACUGCUGGAUCGCCCCUCGGACCCUCAGCACCUUCAGGACCUACCUUUGCACCCAGCCGAAGCAAUACAACCCUCAUUGCGCUCGAAGCUCGAGAUCGACUACAGAGUGAGGCGGAGGAAGAUUUCGCCAAUAUGGGGCGUGAGGGCCGCCGGUUCCUCGACAUGAGAACGUUAGUAGAUGCCAUGAAGCUGCGCGAUCGAGGUCUACCUGAGAAGGACAUUGAGGCGAGAUUUAGGAUACAACCGGGGCUAUUGAGCAAGCUUGGCCGGGAAAAGACUUUCUCACAUGUUACGAGUCCUAAUUAA